AUGAUGAGAUCUGUAUUUGGAGCAGCAAGGUUUGGAGCAUUUUCUAGGAAUUUGAGCACAAAAUCGCCAAAAGUGUAUCAGUUUGAGGAUAUCAAGGCACUAGUUCGCAAACCAGAUCUUCACAAAGUGUUAGUGGACGUCAGGGAGCCUAGUGAGCUUCAGCAAUAUAAAAUGCCAACAGCAAUUAACUUACCCUUGAAAUCAGCCCCAGGGGCCCUGAGCUUGUCGCCAGAGGACUUUCAGGACGUUUUCGACCUCCAAAAACCGUCCACGGACCGUGAACUCGUUUUUUUCUGUGCUGCAGGCGUCAGAGCAAAAGCGGCAGAAGAAUUGGCACAAUCUUACGGUUACGAAAACACGGGUAUCUACCCAGGAUCGAUUAACGACUGGCUCGCGAGAGGCGGCGACAAAAUAAAGCCCGAAACUUGA